CUCCUCAUCUGGCUCCGCCGCCUUGGCAACUGCUGGCCGCUUCUCAGGCUCAUGCGGAGCUUCAAAGGUUCAUUUUCCUCACGCCGGCACGCUGCUUUCCCUCGCCUGACAACGACUUGGUCUUACGACCCGAACCUCUCCCUUCCAGGCCCAGUUGCUCCUCCCCCUUCAUCGUCAUGAUGUCGCGCCCUGUCUUCUCGGUUUCGGCAAAGGCCGUCACAACCUCGCUCUCUUUGACCCCGGUCGGUCAGAACUCACGGAUAUGCCUCCAAUGCGCCUACCGACGAGGAUCCUCCCCUUCGAUACGGUCAUUCACGACAAGUCGAAGCAACCAAGCGAAACUCGGCGGAGCCUUGCCGCCGGUCAACCAACUGACCUCAAGACUUCCCAAGAGCCACUCAAUGAGGACGCGCAUGAAGGACGCCGGCAAGAACCAGAUGGGCAAUGAUCUGGGCAGAUUGCCAAACUCUCUCGUGAUGCCGUCGCGCAAGGAAUUGCGGAAAGGCUUGGGCGGACGAUUGGGCAAGUGGGCUCAGGUAUACUGGUUGAAUUUGAAACUCUCCGUGACGGAUUGGUAUGGAAUCUUCUACUUCCGAUGGUGGGACGCCCCAAGGGAUCCGACGACCGGGAAGAAAAUGAGAAAACCCCUCGAACUCGCCCAAAGACACCAGAUCGCUCGAGACCUACAUCGAGAAUUCAAUACCGCCCUGGCGAAAGGGGACGUGCAGGCAUUGGAACAGAUCACCUGCGACGGACUGCUCUCCAAAGCCAAGACGCGCAUCGACAUCCGCAAGAAACGAGGCCAGCCGUCGGAGACGUGGCAGAUUCAAAAAUACGUGGGCAUCAAGUAUCCAUUGUUCCUGGAGAAGUGGCCGAUUUCGGUCCUCUUGCCCAAGGCGAGUACCAGGGUCGUUUCCGACAAGUUAUCUCCUUUGCCACUUCCCGACUCCUACCUCCGUCAAUGUAUUGUGCGCAUUCACAGCGUUCAAAGUUACCAACUCGCCAAUGAAGAGUUCAAGCUAGCCAAGCAUACCGAAUAUGUGGUCAUUCAAAAACUUACAUUCAAAGGUGAAGACGGCCCCUGGCGCAUUUGGGGCACCGUCGACCCGUCCACCGUGCAAGAUAUCAACGCCAUCCUGGAGGGUCAAGAGAUGAACGCCACUUUCUCGGAGAGGUUGUCGAGUGCAAUGUCGGGCUCUCUUCCUGGAACGCGCUAAAGUGGAGGGAGGCCAGGCGCUCAAAUUACACAGGUCGGGAAGCCUGACGCUAGCGCCAGGGAGCUUUGCGGCGGGUUAUAGAAGCCGCGCUGCACUUGAAGGAAAUUGCUGCAGGAAUCUAAGGCAGCCAGUGCUACUUGUCCUAUCCGACGGACCGACCUUCCUCAGAAGAUAUUGCCAUCCUCGACUUUUCACUGUCUGGCACCAGCUUAUGGCGGAGCUUGUUGCCGUACUCUUUAUGACCACUGAUCCCCGGCUGUUACUCGGUUGGAAGAUGACGCAAUGCAAUCAAAACGGAAGGAAUGGAGAGAAUGGUUUGCUUCGUCCGUCCAGUUUUGCGAGUGAUCCAGGCACGAUGAAUGAAUGUCCUUGCCCUAUCUUUGAGCGUCUCUCGCGGUGGACGAUGGUUUGGCCAACAAAGAGCUGGAGGGACCACUGUCGUGGAUUUCAAGGAACCUCUCAGUCGGCCGAAUAGAUUUUCCCAGCCCGUCACUCAUGGUCGCUCACCAAGAAGCAACCUUGCCUUUCGGUUGGAUUGGGAGAAGUGGAGUCGAUCGACUAACGGCGAUGGAUUGGCAAGUACCUGGCUUUUGGUGCGCGCCGCGACGGAGCUGUACACGAAAACAGGCCGGGGGCCAGUUCCAUUCUCUCACUCUCUGUCUCUCUGCCCUCUUCUCCGUUGGGCUCGUCACCUCUCUAUCCUCCCAAUCUCAGACUGGCGUUGAGUUCGAAGGCCCGAGGCAGCCCGGCAGGCAGACAUUCAUAGGUUCUUCGCCCUUUCUUCAACCUUUCUUCAAACCUUCCAUGACUCCGAUUGACCGUCUCCGCGAUCUCGCAUCGAGCAGGAGACAUCUUUGCCACGUCAAGCAGUCUGGCUAGCCGGCCUGGUGGGUCGUGAAUAUAGCUAGUUCGGCCGCCUUUCAUGCCAACCAAAGGAGCCAGGUCAGAUCAGAUCAGGCGUGGUCAUGGAAUGUACCUAGGUAGUGUAUGUAUAGCAUGCCAGGCUGCGCAACUUGUCUAAAUUGGCAGAUGGAUAGGAUAUCUAGGGAUGGUUCGGAAAGGAAUCCCAGCUUGGUCUUCGAUGAAUUUCCAGUUUCAAUAAUGCUUGCUCUUGCUCCGCCAAGACGGUUUUCGUAUUACCUACUAGUACCUAUCGCGUUCGGGCUCUUUCACUUAAAUUGCCCUUUUAUCUCCGGUAUUUGCCUGCCCUGUACUGCUUGCUCUACGCUGCCAGAGUACAGGGCGAAUAAGCAGACACGCAAAUAAUUUGUAUCGGCGUCUACUCCCGCUGUCGCUGUCGUUAAUUCAGGUUCCGGCUCUA